AUGGGACUCAAGACCCCCCAAGAACAUCUAACGACCUUCGAGGCCAGGAUGAAUUUGGAAGGGGUGGGUGAUGAAGUAAGAUGUCGCGCUUUUUCCGUAACAUUAGCAGGGCCGACAAUCCGCCGGUUAAACGCUCUCCCCCAGGGCUCCGUGACAACCUUUGCUGACAUAACCCGUGCCUUCCUGGCUCAGUUCUCCAUGCGCAUCGCCAAAGCGAAGCACCCAAUCAACUUGCUAUGGGUGACGCAGAGGAGCGAGGAAUUGACCAGGAAAUAUCUGAAUAGAUUCAAUGAUGAAUGCUUGGAGAUUGAUAGCCUAACCGACUCGGUGGCCAGUUUAUGCUUGACAAACGGGUUACUGAACGAAGAUUUCAGAAAGCACCUUACCACUAAGCCCGUAUGGACGAUGAAAGAAAUCCAAAAUGUGGCUAGGGAGUAUAUCAACGAUGAGGAGGUUAGUCAAGUCGUGGCUGCCAACAAACGGCAGCCCACCUACAGUCCUGCUCGUCAGCCCGGAGGUGGAGAAAGAACUAGGGAGCACUCCAAGGACGGAGCGCCAACUAAAGCUUUCAAGCCUUUCCCCCGGGUAGGGAAGUUCACCAACUACACCCCCCUGGCAGCCUCAAUUGUCGAACUCUAUCAGCAGAUUGCUGACAAAGGCAUUCUGUCGAAGCCCCAACAACUCAAGGAUAGAAUUAGAGGGAACAAAAACCUCUACUGCGACAACUACAAGGGCUUCAGCCACAAGACCCAAGAUUGUUUCGUUUUGAAAGAUGCUCUGGAGCAGGCAAUCCGGGAAGGCAAGUUGGCAGAAUUCUCACACCUCAUAAAAGAACCGAGGAGGCGGGAUCGUGACCGAUCUGGCGACAUCAAGGACCGCGCCGUGAGGGACAUUGCCUUCAGAUCACAGUUGGCAUGCAAGAAAGAUGCCAAGGUUUUGGCUGUGUCAUUAUCGGUCCCCGCGCCCUGCCUCAGGAGGAUCCCAUCGAUAUUGUUUAGACCAGAGGAUCAAUGGUUCCACAAUCUACCAGAGAACCCUCCUAUGGUAAUCACCGCAAGAGUGGGAACCGGCCUAGUCAGACAAAUCCUCGUUGACACUAGAGCCGAUUCGAACAUCAUGUUUUGUAAUGUGUUUGAUGCUCUGGGCCUCCAAGACACCGACCUGAGAACCCACCAGGACGCUGUGGUCGGCUUAGGUGAUAACUUUAUCAAGCUUGAUGAGGUAGUCUCCCUACCGGUCUCCAUAGGAGGAGGUCGAGGGAAGAGGUCAGUAAUGGCGAAAUUCAUGGUCCUGAGAGACUUCACAACCUACAACCUCAUCUUGGGAAUAAAAACUAUCAAUGAGUUCGGAACAGUGAUUUGUACAAAGCUAUUGAUGAUGAAGUUUGUUGCUGACGAUUGGUCGGUUGGAUCCAUCAGGGGAGAUUUGGAAACGGCGAUUGCGUGUGACAGCGCCAGUCUCUCCCUAAGAAGGAAAUCCAAAGAGGCAUCCAGGGUCUUCCUAGCCGAUCUAGAUGCCAGGGUCGACGACAAGCCCAGGCCAGAACCCGAAGGGGACCUCGAGAAGUUCAGGAUUGGCGAUUCGGAAGAAAAGUUCACCUUCGUGAACAGAAACCUCCCUUAUAACCUGAAAGAACCUUUGGAAGAAAUGAUCAGAGCCAAUGCGAUCUGUUUGCCUGGACACCGGCCGACAUGCCAGGGAUCGACCCCCAGUUCAUGUCACACCACCUAG